AUGGCUGACGUCAUUCUACUUCCGCCAUCUUUCAAGAUCAUCGAGGUCAAAUUUCAUGCAACCGGAAACAAGAUGGCGGCCUUCAUGGCCUGGUCUCACGUGGACGCACGCCUCAAUUCCUAUUGGCUGUGCGAUUUAAAUGAAAAAUUUCACAUUCGCGCUAAAUCAAUUCUCGGUUGUAAUUGGAGGAUGAAAAGUACGGAUCACGUGGUUGGACUUCCGGCAAACGCUUGCUGGAUGGGAGUUGAGCGUACAAACAACAACAACAACAGCGAUGACAUCACCGAUGACGUCAGCAACACAAGCAACAUCAAUGAAAGUUCUCAGGUCUGCAGAUUUGAUGUAUCAGUAACAGAUGACGUAACGGAAAAUCUUUUAAUGGCCUCUUCCGGUAGGAUAUCGGAAGUUUACAUGGAUGGGAAAUUCCAGAAGCCAGUGUGGAAGAAUUACCACGACAAGAUGGCCGACCAUUACCAGAUUGACAGGCACAUCCGGGUCCUGGCCGUCGUCGUUGUGGGGGGCCUGAGGGAGAGACUCCUCAUGGUCUGGUCCAGCACUGGCAAGUAUAGCUCAGAUAAGAGCAUCGCGUACACUUUGCAUGUGAUUCGAGAGGAUCUGCUUGCGUUCGAAUCCGAUAACUGCAAGAGAAGCGGCAGGCAUCUUAACCUUUACACCAUCGCGCUGCCCUACACACAUAUUACUGCCAUUGUGAUGAGAAUCAUAUGGCGCUGCAGUGACACCUACCCCAGCGAUGAUUGGCUAUUUCUGUGGCGCAACAAAUCACGUGACAUCAUGCCUCUGGCCAAUCAGGGAGGAGCAAAUUUGCAGCUGGGAAUCAAUGUUAAGGGAGAUCAACUUCCGGUUGUAAAACAGCCAACCUCUCCUGCAAAGAAAAAGAAGAAGCGCUACAGAACUCGAGUGACGUCACCAAGGCGAAGAAUGUUGAAAAGAACGAAAAAACAGUUCGGCCAAAAUUUGAGACCAAAAACUUCAACAACUACUACUACUACAACAACUGGGAGACCGGUGAGUAAGAAAUUUUUCAAGAUGAGUUUCAAGGCAGCCAGAAAGAGACCAUCUAGAUUUAAGAGGUCAGAUGCGACAUCCACAAGUCAUAAUUGGGUUGUUUCCAUCGGAGGAGGCAUGCCACUGCAAGCCGUGUGGCUCUCAAUCAAAAGUAGUCGUCGUAGUAAUAAAAGUAGCGACAGCAGCAGCAGCAGUAGUGGCGGUGGUGGUGGUGGCAGUGGUAGUGGUAAGACCGCUGAUGAAGAAACAAAAUUCUAUUGUCGAUUGGACGUCAGAGAGAAAGAACUUCUGAUAGCGGCCCGGACGCAAAUUAAAUUUUAUCUUGAUGGCGAGCUGCAGCUACUGCAACAGCCACAGCAGCCACAGCAGCAACGACUGCCGCGACAUCUAAAACAACCACAGCAGCCACGAAUAUCUGACAUUGAGAAUCUCGAUAAAUGGUACAUUCCUAGUUUGAUCGACGUGUCAUCGAACCCGGGUGUCGUGGCUCUGGUGGUCAGAAAUCCAGACGGUAGAGCUGCAUUUACCGCGUGGGGAAGUUUGGGCGCGAAUAUGUACAGCACUAAUUCGAAUUGGAGAUGUGCCGACCAGGAACCGACUCAGGGAUGGAUGGCAAAACAACCACCACAACAACCACCACUACCACAACAACCACCACAACCACAACAACCACAACAACAAAAUCGCAGUUUCAACAUGUCAGCUGCCAUCAUAAUUUCUUCAAAUGACGUCAUCAAUCCGACCGAUUCUACCUGGAACAUGCCCGUUCUAGGGAUGUCACCUCGCUCACUCUGGAUCACUAGCGAGCAGUUCUCGAAUGUUAUUUACUGUCGGUUAAAUGUUAACGAUGUGAACGACAAUAAAGUGGCCGAUAUUAUACCGAAAAAAAUCAUUUUGCAACAUGACGAAUUGGUGAUAUCCGCCAACGGCUUACUAACUUCAUUUCGUGUGAAUGGAACCAAAGAACUAUUAGACACACUUCCGGCAAAGCCUGGAAUGGCUAGCGUGUUAAAAGUGAAUCCCAACGCAAAAAUAAUGACCAUAGAUAUAAAAGUGACAAAAAGAAAUGAUGAUAUCUUUGGUGAUUCUAUCGAUAGGGCCAAUACAUGGAUGGGUUUCGCAGUAUGGUCCGGUAACGAAUUGUAUAACUCAGAUAGCAGAUGGAGAUGUCACGGUGAUGAUGAUGAUGAUGAUGCUGGUGGUGGUGGUGAUGAUGAUGUGGGGAAGUUUUUGAGGGGUAGGAUUAAUGACUUUGACUUUGACAACACUCUCUACAACAACAACAACAACAACAACAAAACUAGCAAAGACAAAACAGCCAACAUGCGAAAUGAAAAUUUUACCUUUCGCGAUUGGCCAAGAGCAAAAUUUUUGCGUUGGAAUUUGGCUCAAAAAGGUACCAAGGACGACAACAACAACACCAACAACAAAAACAACAGCAUCAACAACAACAACAUCAACAACAUUGAUAGUGAGUGGAACGUUUUAGUUGCAUCAGCAAUGCUUCCUUUCGAAGCUAACUGGAUAACUUCUGCUGAGCUAAAAACCAAUGCCACUACUACAACUACAACUAAUAAUAAUAAUAAUAAUAAUAAUAAUAAUAAUAAUAAUAAUAAUUAUAAUAAUAGCGGCGGUAAAAAUGUCAAUCCCAAUGAGAGAGAUGAUGAUAAAAAAGCGAGAGAAAGAGAGAAAGUGAAAUACCUCAGAUGUUAUUUGGAUCUUACGGAAGAUACCCUGCUCGUGUCGGCCUACGACAACUUCGAAGUCUUCAUCAACGGCCGGCAAGUCGUCACUAACUUAAAGAACCGUCAUAACUGGCAGAUCGCUGACGUCAUUUCCGUUCCGCCGAAGGUCCAACUAAUCGGCGUGAAAGUUGAAUGGACGAAGUCUGAAAUUAGCGCGGAAACCGCGGCUUUCAUCGUUUGGUCUGCCAACAAAUUUCUCCGGACAGAUCGUAGAUGGCGCUGCUCCAACAGAUUUCCCGGGCCGAAAUGGUUCAAGGACGAGAUUGCAUCAAAUGAAACAGGUACGAAAUGGUCCAGGGCAAAAAUUAUGGGCCGGAAUGACCAUUUCGGAAGAUCAAAUGACGCGUGGUUGGCUCCGGUUGCUGGGAUGCCCUCGGAUGGUCUGUGGAUCCGUGGGGAGGAGGAGGAACCUGCACUCUACUGCAGGCUGAUUGUUGACGCCGUGGACCGCAUCGAAUCCCUAAUCGUAAAUAGGGCUGACGUCACUGGUGACCUCCUGAAUUUCGACCAAUGGAAGAAGGCAGACUAUCUUACAAUCGACCAAUCAACUAACUUCAUACUCGUCCACGUGACCAGUGCCAGGAAAAAACGGACGCUGGGAUUGGCUGUCUGGGCGUCCAAUCAGAACUUUUCUUCAUCAGUCACGUGGUCUUGUUUCGAUGAUUACUAUUUGGUUGAGCAAGAGUUCAAAGAUUACCUCACAAACGAGGAUAAUAAUAACAACAACAAUAAUAAUAAUAAAAGUGGUAAAAGUGGAUUUAGAAAUGAGAAUUUGAGACUUUUAAAGUCAGGGAAACUGAAGAAAGAUAGCCUCAAAACGAGGGUGCUUAACUUUGAUUCCAACUUUUAUAAAGAGUUGUUGGACGAUGAUAAUGAUGUCUAUAACGAUGACGACGAGUCAAAGCGGUUGAUAAAAGUGCGAAAUAUGCCUACGGAUGUAAUAUGGAUUGGUCUAUCGAAUGAUGCUGGUAGUAGUAGUAGUAGUGGUAGUGGUAGUAGUGGUGGUAGUGGUGGUGGUAGUAGUGGUGGUGGUGGUGGUGGCUACGACGACGAUAGUAGCGUUCCUAAAGUUAUGUGGUGUGGUCUUGAUGUGAAGAGGCUCACUAAGAAGAAGAUGUUUAGAAUUAGUCGCGUUCAGGAUGAAUAUGAAGACAGUCAGGAAGUGAUAUUGUACAUAUUGUUCUGCAUUUUAAUGCUUUUUGGCACCUUCUUCUGCGCUCAAUCCUUCUUCUACAUCAAAGAAAGUGCACGAAGAAAUGAUUCCGCCAUCAAGUACCAACAACUGAAUUCCUACCAAGAAGAACAUUUACCCAUCUUCGUCGUCGUCGUCGUCGUCGUCUUCAGAAUCGCCGCCACUAACGCUGCUACAACGACCACCGAUAAGAAGAACAACAGCAACAACAACAUCGAGAAAAGGUUCAGCAAUAGCAAUGUCAUCAACAAAAUUAUCAUCGCUAGCAACAACAACAACAACGAAAGCAUUGCCAACAACAACAACUGCAACAACAACAACUGCAACCAAAACCACAAAACCACCAUCAUCAACAACAGCAACAACAUCUUCAACAAAAAGACCGAUGCCAACAAAAUCAACAACAACAACAACAACAUCGAGAAAAGGUUCAACAAUAGCAACGUCAUCAACAAAAUUACCAUCUUCACUAGCAACAACAACAACAAAAACAUUGCCAACAACAACAGCAACAACAACAACAGCAACAACAGUGUCAUCAUUACCAUCAACACCAUCAACACCAGUUAA